GAAUCUACGGUAACAACACGGAGGGAAGUCUCACUUGUCUGUACAUGUCUGCGCUGCUUUAAAGCGAACUUUCCCUAACAUUUAGUCCUGUUGGUUUGAAAACAUGACAGACAUUUUAACAAAAAUAAAAACCAGCGUAGCAGAGAAAAAGAAGACGCCUGUUGUCCAGAGCGACCUGCAGAAAUGGGGAUUAAAAGGGAUCCAGCUGAGGCCCUACCAGCUGGAUGGUGUCCAGUGGUUAACUCAGUGCCUGAACAACCAGCAAGGAUGCAUCCUGGGAGAUGAGAUGGGUUUGGGCAAAACCUGUCAGACGAUCUCUCUGCUGGUCUACAUGUCGGGAGCUCUCGGGAAGAAAGGCCCAUUUUUGGUGCUGAGUCCACUUUCUGUCAUGGAGAACUGGAGGAAAGAGCUGGAAUGCUUCGCUCCCUCUCUGGUUGUGCUCUGCUACAAAGGAGACAAAGACCGACGGGCUGAGAUUCAGAGAGAAACGAACAGUCAGGACUUCAAUGUUCUGCUCACCACAUAUGAGCUGUGUCUCAAAGAUGCUUCGUUCUUAAAGCGGUGGAAGUGGAAGGUGCUUGUAGUAGACGAAGCUCACAGGCUGAAGAAUCAGAACUCGCUGUUACACAAAACCUUGACAGAGUUCUCGGUCGGUUUCAGAGUCCUGCUCACUGGGACUCCCAUCCAGAACAACCUGCAGGAGCUCUACUCCCUGCUGAGCUUCAUUCAACCCAGCGUCUUCACAGCAGAUGACGUGGACAGCUUCGUUAACUCUUACUCCAAUGUACAAAGUCAACCUGCUCUGGCCGCUGAGCUGCAGAGCGUCCUCGAGCCUUUCCUGCUUCGUAGAGUGAAGUCAGAGGUUGCUGUCGAUCUGCCCAAGAAGACGGAACUGGUCGUGUAUCAUGGCAUGUCGGCUCUGCAGAAGAAAUACUACAAAGCAGUUCUGACAAAGGACCUGGAGGCUUUUGGAAAUGAACAAGGCAGCAAGACCCGACUGCUGAACAUCUUGAUGAACCUGAGAAAGUGUGUUGACCACCCGUAUCUGUUUGAUGGUGUGGAACCGGAGCCCUUUGAGAUGGGGGAGCAUCUCGUUGAAGCCAGUGGAAAACUUUUCCUCCUGGACAGCAUGCUGGCCUUCCUGCACAAAGGGGGCCAUCGGGUCCUGCUGUUUUCUCAGAUGACGAGGAUGUUGGAUAUUCUUCAGGACUACAUGGAGUACAGAGAUUACAGCUAUGAACGCCUGGAUGGAUCUGUCCGAGGGGAGGAACGAAAUCUAGCGGUGAAGAACUUCAGCAGCAAAGAUAUCUUUGUUUUUCUCCUCAGCACUAAAGCAGGGGGCGUGGGAAUGAACCUCACAGCUGCUGACACUGUCAUCUUUGUGGACAGCGACUUCAACCCUCAGAAUGACCUGCAGGCUGCUGCACGUUGCCAUCGGAUCGGACAGAACAGGCCUGUGAAAGUGAUCCGCCUCCUGGCAAGAGACACAGUGGAGGAAAUCAUGUACUCUCGUGCUGUAUCCAAGCUGCAGCUCACAAAUACUGUUAUUGAAGAAGGACGCUUCUCUUUAAUGGACCAAGCUCAGUCAGCUGCUGCAGGACUGCAGCUAAGUGAGAUCUUGAAGUUCGGGAUCGAUAAGCUGUUGUCGUCAAAUGAAAGCUCCAUACAGGAUGUGAAACUGGAGAAGAUCCUCGGUCCGUCACGUGACAAUGAGUGGGUAGAUGACGAGGACUGCACCCCUCUGAUGGAAGAGGAGGAAGAGGAGGAGGAUGAAACUGAUGUGCAAAACCACAUGUACUUCUUUGAGGGGAAGGACUACAGUAAGGACCCCAGCUCUGAAGACCAGAAGAGCUUCGACCGGUUGUUGGAGGAGCAGCUGGCCGAGUUUCAGAAAGCUGUGGGAGAGGGCCGAGCCCUACGGCACAAAGCUGGAGUUUCACUAUCAGUGACUCUUGGUGUUCCAACGAGGAAGAGGAAACCUCUGACUGAGGCUGAGCUGGAGCUGAGGAGGCAGAGGAGGGAGGAAGCUGCAGCCAAGAGAGCCAAACUUCAGGAGGACUUGAAGAAGAAGCAGCAGGAGCAGAAAUACAAGAAAAAGAUGGCGUGGUGGGAGUCCUGCGGCUACAGGUCACGGUGCCUACAGCCUGUGGACAGUGAGGAGGAAGAGGAAGAGGAAGAUGACAGCAGCAUAUGCUCCACAGACUCUGACAGCACCGAUAUCAACUAUGUUCUGGGGGAUGUUACUCAUCCACACACUGCUCGGGGAGAUGCUAUCAUUGUCCACUGUGUUGAUGACUCAGGCCGGUGGGGCCGAGGAGGCUUGUUUACAGCGCUGGAGGUGAGAUCUGAUGAACCGCGGAAGCAGUAUGAGUUGGCUGGCAAGAUGAAAGAUUUGGACCUUGGAAAUGUGCUGCUUUUCCCCAUCGACGACAAACAGUCCAGACCGAGCGGCCAAGAUCAAUUGGCCCUGAUCGUGGCGCAGCAACGAGACAAAGCCAACAACCUGUCUGGGAUCUUUCUGACUGCGCUGGAUGAAGGUCUGAAGAAGAUUUAUGCUGCAGCCAAAAGAAAAAAGGCAAGCGUUCAUCUUCCUCGUAUCGGUCAUUCCACCAAAGGCUUCAACUGGUACGGCACAGAGAGGCUCAUCAGGAAACACCUGGCUUCCAGAGGCAUCCCCACAUUUAUGUAUCUUUUAAAGACUUCCACUUGUAAACUUCAUGUUUUUUACCUUGUUAUAGGGUGUUUUUUUACAUGCUAGAACAGCAGUCUCCAACCAUUUUUGCACCAAAGGAUUCAAGCAAGACGAUUUUCUACAGACCGAUGAUCGCACAUUUAACAAACAAGAAGACCAUUCAGAGAGCACAGUACUUCGUCAAGGUUGCUCAGUCGUUGUGUCAAUUUUGAUGCAUGAAAGUUUUUUUUAAAAUGACCUUGCGAUGAGCACAGACGUGUUAUGCAUGUGUACGUUAUGUAUGGAU